AUGGCUAAGAAGCCGGUACGCUUGACGUCCUUGCUGACUGGAUACAGACAGAAGGGAGAAGGCCGAGCCAGGGCCGGCUCUUCCGCCCCGACAGAAGGUGACUCCGUAAUUCUGGACACGACCACGGAGGACAUCGACGAGGAGAGCAUGCUAAAGGUUGCUGCGUCGCAGCCACACGCUGCACUGCCCCCAUCUGACGCAAAGAAACGCAGCGUGGCGGACGUGCUGAUGGGCAAUCGCCAACAGGGAACCAGGGAAGUGAUUACGAUAGAGGACCAGGACGCACUAGCGCCUGCCACGCCGAGCGCCCAGGCUGGCGCCAGGCGCGCGCCCGCCGGUACAACGCUGAAGGAAGUUCUGACAGGCUGUGAGAAGCGCCGGAAGGUUGAGCCCGCGGAGAGCGCUGAUAAAGAACAGCAGGCCCGGCUUAGGUUCGAGCAGGCGCACGAGAAUCUGAUGCGCUCGCUGACCAAUACCAAGAAGACCAAGGCAAAGGAUCUAUUCAGCCAUUUUCCGAAAAAGGAGCUGGCCAGGUUUCCGGAAGCGGGCUCCGCGCCGCCCGCAGACGGCGGGCCCCAUCGUCCACUGAAGCGGCGCCACGAGGUUUCGGGUCUAUCUGAGCUGACAGCACCAUGGCCAGGGCAGCAGCUCAUUGCGGACGCAGAGGCAAUCCCAGCACGGACCCUAUCUCUGGGAGUGAACAGGCUAUCUUCUCCAUGCACGCUGUUGCUGGAUGAGCAGGACUAUGCAGGACUGAAUAAGAGGCAUGACAACACGGGCUCUUGCUUUCAGUCUGUUGUAUUCCCGGAGGAUUAUGAAGCCCCACGAACUCUCUGGACGGAACGAUUUAAGCCAAAACGUCUGGAUGAUGUAGUCAUUGCUACAAAAGUCAAGAAAGCUGUCGCCAACUGGGUCGCGAGUGCCUUCCAAAAACUACGACGGCCUACUUCACGGUCAGUCUUACUGCAGCGCUCACUGGCUGCCUCAGAGGACAUUAGAGAAUUCAUAAUCGAAGGCGACGAUGACAUGACUGACGAGGGAAGAACAAUGGAGGAAUUUGUUCCUUUGAUGAUACUCUACGGGGAAACCGGCAAGUCCACCCUGCUUGAUGUCAUUAUGAAUGAGCUUGGGGGAGAAAUAUAUGAGAUCAAUACAAGUGCAAACCGGGGUAGGAAGAACAUAUGGGAGAAUAUCAAGGAAUUUUCCACUACACAUUUUGUAAAGAACACUGGAUCCAAAGGUCUGAUAGUCUUCGACGAUGUGGAUGUAUUAUUUAAUGAACGCGAUCGAUUCUUCUGGUCAGCGGUCGAAAAGACACUGCUUAUCAGCAGGCGCCCCAUUGUGCUGACCUGCCAUGAUUUUAGAAAUAUACCGAUGAAUCUGGUUCAAAUAGCGAAAGACCAAGAGUCCUUCUUUCACGUGCGGAAAGUCAAGACCGAAUACAUCACGAAAUACUUGAAGUCAUCACUAUCUUCCAUCAAUGUCGGUGUACCUGAUGAUGAGUUGGAUAGAAUAGUGAAAGACUCACAUCGCGACAUCCGACAAUGUAUGCUGCAACUGCAAUGGCUAUGUACCAGGCCUGCAAAAAAGCUACAGAACGCCGACAAGCACAUCCCACAGCCAACAACGCUGGAGGCCUACGCGACUAAUGCAGAUAUCCUCUCCCAGGUUGACAUACUUCAAACCGGUACCGCCAACCGGUCUCUAUUUCAACACGAACUGGACAAGACUCUGCUAACGCCGGAAGCAGUAGGUCUCUCUAACAGCGAUGACGAAGAACAAUUGAAGCACGAUUACUUAGUUGACUACAAAACACACCUGGUGGACCAAACACGAUCCCCUCUGAUGCCAUAUGAAUCAAACAUUGCGAAAUACAUGAUGGCACAAAUAUGGGAUGACCGAAAUCACAGCCUGUUGCCAACAAAUAAGUUCUACUCAGAGUUUGUAUAUGCAGCAAUGCGCUUUAUUUCUUCUAUCGUUAAGAAUCGGGCCACCUCAGAUGGCGGGAGUGGUUCUAGGGUCACCAGAAGUGCUAGAAAGUCCAGUUAUUUCACCGGGGAACGAGAUUACGCGGAUGACGAUGAGGACUGCCAGCAAGCGUACUUGAACUUUAUUAUUUUGCAUACGAGAACCACCACAUGUAGAUAUUUUAUCCCACUUUUCCAUCUGUUCGCGAAGAUGAGUCAAGAGGUCAGGGACCACAAUGUAGAAGUCUACCACCAAUCAAAAUCAGCAUUUGACCCCGAGGGCACCAUGAGUGCGGAAGAUUUGGUGACGCAAAUGCUGAUUCACGGGGCAUUCAAGGGCCUCUACUUCAACGGUUCCCCACAGAAGAUCCUAGAACUAUGGGAAUCGCAAAAGAAAUAG